UUGAGUGGAGAUGCCUAAAUUUUGUGAACUGGGAGCAGAGUCUUCACCUCUUUCAGACAGUCGUUUACCACCUGAUCCUCCCGGUCUAAUAGCCAACAGAUACGUCAUCCAGCAGAGCCUGGGGAGGGGCAGCUUCGGCACUGUGUUUCUCAUUAACGACACUAAAGCAGCUCCGGGAGAAAAACUGAAGGUACUAAAGGAAAUCCCGGUGGGGGAUCUGAAGCCUGAUGAGACUGUGAAGGCCAAUCAGGAAGCUCAGCUCCUCUCCCAGCUCCACCAUCCAGCCAUCCUCAAGUUCUACAGCAGCUUCCUGGAGAGAGAUGCUUUCUGUAUCGUUACAGAGCACUGCGAGGACGGAGAUCUGGACCGUAAGCUGGAGGAGCUGAGAGCCGAGGGGAACACCCUGUCCGAGAUGCAGGUCAUUCAUUGGCUCGUUCAGCUGCUGCUGGGGGUGAGCUACAUGCACCACAGGCGGAUCCUUCACCGAGAUCUGAAGGCUAAGAAUGUGUUUCUGAAGGGGAAUAAUAUGAAGAUAGGUGACUUUGGUGUGUCAUGUCUGCUAAUGGGGUCGAGUGACCUUGCGACGACCUUCACCGGCACACCGUACUACAUGAGUCCAGAGGCCAUCAGUCACCGUGGUUACAACUCCAAAUCAGACAUAUGGUCUUUGGGCUGUAUCCUGUAUGAGAUGUGCUGUCUGAAACACGCUUUUGAGGGUUAUAACUUCCUGUCUGUGGUGAUGAAGAUAGUGGAGGGCUCCACCCCGUCUCUUCCUGAAUCGUACUCACCUGAGCUCAACUCUUUAAUGCACAGGAUGUUGGAGAGGGAUCCCCGGCGGCGGGUCUCGGCGGAGGAGGCUCUGAGUUGUGGUGUUUUGGAGGAUCUGGUUCAGACAGUGAAGCAGCAGUUUUCAGAGCUGAUGCUGACAGGAAGAGCAGAUGGAGAGGACGGAGAUGUUACGCAGAUUGCGAGAGCGCUGCAGCAGAAGGUGCACCUGCAGACCCUCCGGGAGAGGUCAGAGGUCGAGAAGAUGAGCCCCCGGGAGCGAAUGAGGCUGCGGAAGCUGCAGGCUGCAGAUGAACGGGCGAAGAAACUCAAAAAAAUCGUGGAGGAGAAAUAUCAGGAGAACCACCAUCGCAUGAAGGAGCUUCGGUCUAAACACUUCCAGAACAUUAGCAUCAAUGUUCUAAAGGAGAAAUCUGAGGACAGUCAGGAUCAGCCAAUUGCAAGCCAGAGUUUUACACCCAGCAGCCACUGUAGACCAAUGGGAGAGCAGCGUGAGGAAGAUGGUAUCCCGGAGGACGCUCAGGCUGCAGAGGAUUUUUACUGUGAGGACGGGUUCGAGUCUUGCUCUGAUGAAGAUGACUCCUCCUCCUCCUCCUCCUCUUCGCUCUGUAUCUGCCGGUCGUUUGGACAGGACAGUGAUCUGGAGUCUAUGGUGAGGCACAUGGAGAACGUUCUGGAAGAGAGAUAUAGUGCAGAAGCAGAGAGCAGUGCAGGUCCAGGUGAUCUACAGACUACAGUUCCCAGUAUAAACACUGCACUGGUUCACAGCAGAAUCCAGUACAUCAGAGAGUCAGUGAGUCGGAGGCUGGGGCAGGACCGAUUCCAGAGUGUGUACAACUACCUGAAAGAGACCAGGCUGAGACGAGACAUGUGGGACGGGGGAGACAGCGAGGACAGCGUGAUCUCUGCUUUGGGAGGAAUCGUAGAUAAACCAGCCGACUGUUUCGAAGUGGAUCAACUGCUUUACUACGAGGAACUGCUGAAGAACGCCCAGGCAACACUGACCACGCCCACACAGACACUAACCACACCCACACAAGCACUGACCCCACCCACACACACACUAACCACACCCACUCCAGCCACACCUACAUAAUUCAUGAUGUUUCUGUACCAUUAAUUUCAAUAGCAACUCUGAAGUUGGAGAUGUCUGGGGUUUGGAAACAUCCAUGCGUACACCAGUAUAAGUUGUGAGGUGUUACCUUGUGAAUGGGUAUGUUUAAACCCCACUCACAAGAUAACUUUUGGGAAAAUACUCUUUGGACUGACGAGACAAAAGUUGAACUUUUUGGAAGGUAUUUUUACCUACUACAUCUGGAGUAAAAGUAACACCGCAUUUCAUAUAAAAAGCAUCAUACCUACUGUAAAACAGUAAAACACGGUGGUGGUAGUGUGUGUGUGAUGAUGGUCCGGAGCUGCUGGAUAACUUAAUGGAAGCAGGAAUUAUGAUGUUUACCAGAAAAUCCUGAAGGAGAAUCAGAAUCCGGCCAUCUGUUUCAUAACCUCAAUCUCAGGAGAACUUGGGUUCUACAGCAGGACGAUGACUCAAAACACACCAGUAAGUAAAGACUUUGGAGUGAUCUAGUCAAAGACCUGACAUAUAUCCUAUUGAGAUGCUGCUGUGGAAUGACCUUAAAAAGGCGGUUUAUGCUGGAAAAUGCUCCAAUGUGGUGGAAUUACACCAAUUCUGUAAAGAAGAGUGAAACAAAACUCCUCCACAGAGAUGAGAAAGACUCGUCACAAGUUACCAUAAACUCUAGAUUGCAUUUGUUGCUGCUAUUGUUGAAACAACCAUUUAUUUAUUAGUUUUAGGGGGUAAAAACCUUUUCAUACAGGUCUAUGUAGGUAUGGAUUUUUACUCUAUUAAUCAUAAAAAAACCUUUAUUUA